CUUCCGCUAGUCGUCCCGGAAGCGGAAAUGCAGUGACUAGUAGUGUUUUGUGCGGCAAUGAAAUAACGCGCGCCUUGUGUACAAACGAUUAUACGUUUUCUGUUAACUAUGUAGCUAAAUAUUUAUAUUAAAAACAAUUUUGUUUGCUGUAGUCUGGUUUCAUUGUAGCGUGUUGGUUUAAUUUUACAGCUAAAAAGUUAUCAGUGGUCGGUUUAAAGGCGAGUGUAAACACCGUCAUGGCGGCUGCAGGAGCAACGAACGUGGGCGAUAUUGAAGAAGACGCCUCGCAGCUGUCUUUCCCCAAAGAGUUUGAAAAUGCUGAGACUCUCCUGAACUCUGAGGUCCACAUGCUCCUGGAGCACCGCAAACAGCAGAACGAGAGCGCUGAAGAUGAACAGGAGCUCUCCGAGGUCUUCAUGAAGACGCUGAACUACACGGCCCGCUUCAGCCGCUUCAAGAACCGGGAGACCAUCGCCAGCGUGCGCAGUUUACUCUUGCAGAAGAAGCUACAUAAAUUCGAGCUGGCGAGUUUGGCCAAUCUGUGUCCUGAAGCUGCAGAAGAAGCGAAAGCACUCAUUCCCAGCUUGGAAGGUCGAUUCGAGGAUGAAGAGCUGCAGCAGAUUCUGGAUGAUAUUCAGACCAAAAGAAGCUUUCAGUAUUGAUUUCAAACCUGUGCAGUGCACGAGGACUUUUUUUUUUUUAAAUAAUGUUCUCCAUUCCAUAUAUUUUGGUACUCUCUAAAUCUCCAUUCAUUGUUGAUGCAUUGUUUGUGACUAUAAAAAUAAAUCUGAUGUGUUUGUAAA